GGUGAUUCUAAGGAUACUUUGGAAGGUUGUGAAGAAAAUUGAAGAACGAUUCAGUUUCUUAGUAAUACUCUGCGACAGAAAGGAUACAAGAGUUAAAGAAACUAAAGGAAUGACUCUAUUAUUCCGCAGCGUAUAACGUUCCAUCAGAACAACAUGAAGCAACUCGAGAACUCAUGACGUUAAUAGAGCUGAAAUAGGUGAAUGAGAGGAUUUCAUCUGUUUUCCUAUUUGACAUUGGGCGCACAUUCUGUCCCUCGAGACUUGGAAAGAUGGAAUAACUUUGACACCUUCUAUCUUGACAAUCUUCCUGAGGUCUCGAUAAUUGAGAUGACCAAGAUGAUAAUACCACAAAUAAGAAUUCCUGAAUGGAGUAUAGUAAUGAACACGUUAACCCAAUCCUGGAAGACCGAUAAUGGACCAGAUGAAAAGAAGAGCAGGUGGACCAAGAUAAAGGAAAUUCUCAAGCAAAACAUCAUGAGGCCUCUUCCAAUGUGGAAAAAGAUAUUUAUAGUUAUCUGUGUUGUUGCGGUUACACUGGACCCUCUGUUCUUCUACAUUCCCAUGAUAGACCAGGAACUCAAGUGCAUUAAAACAGACAAGAAGUUGGGAAUUUUAGCUGUUACUUUAAGAUCAUUAGUAGAUAUAGUUUAUAUAGUAGAUAUUAUACUCAACGUAUCCAAAGCAUAUGAGGUAGUACGAAGAGAAAAUUUAUUGAAAAGUGGUCAGAUGGUAAAAAAUGCUUUGGCAGUGGCACAUAGGCUCUCGUGGUCUCUCAUCUUAAUUGACUUUUUGGCCAUUCUCCCAGUCCCACAGGUUAUAAUAUUUGUUUUCGUUGAAGGACUUGGGUGCUCGGGAUCUUCGAAGAAAAAGUGGCUAAACAUUUGUCUUCUCUCUCAAUAUGUACCAAGGACUCUUCGAAUUUACCAAUCGUGCAAGGAUCUUGUAAGGAUCCAAGAUACAGUGACUAGAAUGGUUUGGGUUAAGGGUGGACUAAACUUUUUACUAUACAUCCUUUCUAGUCAUGUGAUUGGAGGCUUUUGGUACUUUUACUCAUUUCAAAGAGAAGCAUCAUGCUGGAAAACUAGAUUAAUUUGUGACAAAUAUAAGACAAUCUGUGGUGGAAACGAUCUUUGUGAUGUCGUAUCAAAAAACAUAGAACUUAUCAAUAAAGAGUGUCCGAUAGAUACGAACGAUAAGAAGAAAUUCAAUUAUGGGAUAUUUUUCGAAGCUAUAGAGUCUGGUGUGCUGGGAUCAUAUGAUAUUCCCCAAAAGGUCAUGUAUGGCUUUUGUUGGGGACUGCGACAUUUGAGUUCGCUUGGUGAAAACCUCGUAACAAGUACCUAUAUAUGGGAGAACUGCUUUGCAAUGGCUAUCACUAUCAUAGGCUUGCUACUCUUUAUGUAUCUAAUUGGAAACUUGCAGACAUAUAUGCAGCUGGCAACUACAAGAUCAGAAGAGAUAGGAGAAAAGAUGAAGUUGAAAGAACGAGAGGUAGAAAUAUGGAUUGAAAAAAGGGGUCUACCAAUGGAAGAAAAGACCUCAAUCAUGCAAAAAGUAAAGCAAAAGUUGAAGGAAAACAAAGAAGUUGAUGUUGAGAAUCUACUUUCUAUACUUCCCUUUGAAGAUAGAAAGCGCAUAAAGCUUCUCUUGUGCUUGCCUUUGCUAAGAAAAGUUUCAAUGUUUCAAAAUAUGGAGAAGGAAGUAUUGGACAUCAUUUGUGAACACCUUGAGCCAAUGAUGUAUACUGAGAGAAGCUAUAUGAUCAGAGAAGGGGAGCCACUUGAUCAAAUGCUUUUCAUCACGUACGGUACUGCUUGGGUCUACACAAACAAUGCUAGUAGUCACAACAACAAUGCUCAUGAUCAUCACAGUGGUACUAAUAAUAAUAGUGAUGAUUCGUUGGCAAUGAGAAAAAGUAGUACAAGACGUCUUAAGAAGUAUGAUUAUGUUGGAGAAGAGCUAUUGGAGUGGUCAUUGACGCACAAUACCUUAAGUGGCUUCCCCAUUGCGACUACCAACGUCAAGUCUCACACUAAAGUUGAAGUGUUUGCUCUUAGGGCCAAUGACUUGAUGAAUAUUGUUCGUAAAAACUAUAAAUUGUUCAGGCGGAAUAUCCAAACCUACUCCACUAAUUCUGGGGCCAAUGUGCAAAUGAUGAAUGAAGGUCCUCUCAAGUCUCAAAGUUCCAAGUAUCAACGCUUAUAGAACCAAUAAUACUAUAAUACAUUUAAUAAUCAAGUACUUGAUGAUGGAAUUUAGUAAUUUUAUAUAUCUAAUUUAAAGUUAAGUACAUGUUGUUUUGUGAUCGGAUGGGGAAUUUUAUCCACUUAUUUCUCAAGAAUGGAGAAGGUAGAUGGAUGAACAACAGAAAUGCCAUUGAAAAUGUUUCUAUGGACAUACUCAAAAGGAUGUUUGUAAUAGGACUCCUACCAGGAGAUGGUAAUCAUGACCUUAUUGAUAUUAUUGAUGAGGGAGGUAAACUAUUUGCCCAUAUGAUAAACCCGGACUGUUAAAAUACAAGUCCCCUAAUAGAGUUAAUUGCACCUAAAA